GAGAUUGAUUUACACACAAUUCGUUUGUUUAACGUGCUCGCUAAGAAAUUUUGUUCAACGCCAUGGACGCGUUCUCGUCUUUCUUCGAUUCUCAAUCCGGAUCCAGAAGCCGUUGGAGCUAUGAUUCUCUCAAGAACUUCCGGCAGAUUUCGCCGGCCGUUCAAUCUCAUCUUCAGUGGGUUUAUCUCACUCUUGGUUGUGCUUUGGUCGCAUCUGCUGCUGGAGCUUAUCUGCAUAUACUUUGGAAUAUUGGUGGUAUUCUCACAACACUUGCAUCUAUUGGAUGUAUUACAUGGCUAAUGGCUACUCCUCCUUAUGAAGAGAAAAAGAGGACUUCUAUUUUAUUAGGGGCUGCUCUUCUUGAAGGGGCUUCGGUUGGUCCUUUGAUUAAUCUGGCUAUUGAGAUUGACCCAAGUGUUCUGGUGAGCGCUUUUGUGGGAACUGCGGUUGCCUUUUGUUGUUUCUCAGGAGCAGCCUUGUUGGCAAGACGUAGAGAAUUCCUUUAUCUCGGUGGCUUACUUUCUUCGGGCGUAUCCAUGUUACUCUGGUUACAUUUCGCCUCCUCUAUAUUCGGCGGUUCUACUGCCCUUUUCAAGUUUGAGUUGUACUUUGGGCUCUUGGUUUUUGUUGGCUACAUGGUAGUUGAUACUCAGGAAAUAAUUGAGAAGGCACAUCUUGGUGAUAUGGAUUAUGUGAAGCACGCAUUGACUCUGUUUACUGAUUUUGUUGCUGUUUUUGUCCGAAUUCUCAUUAUAAUGCUAAAGAACUCAGCUGAGAAGAACGAGAAGAAGAAGAAGAGGAGGGAUUGAACUAAUGGUGGAUAGAUGAUUGUGGAUUGUGAAGGUGAAGUGGAUGUUGAGUGAGAAUUAUGGUUGUGAAUAACUUCUCUCUCUCUCUCUCUCUCUCUCUCUCUCUCUCUCUCUCUCUUUUUGUCAUUUCCCCCGCUCAUUGUUAACCCCAAUGUUUAGAUUCUCUUUGUAGAUUGCAAUGGAUCUUGGCUUAUAAUGAACUUGUGAUAACUACUGAUGUGUAUUUCUGAUUGGACUGUGGAAA